AUGAGUGACCCAAGGCAGUCACAAGAUGAGAAGCACAAGCUGAGAGCCCCUUCAAAGUUUAUGGAUCCUCCCAGAAUCAUGCAAUCUGAUGACUAUUUUGCUCGGAAAUUUAAAGCCAUUAAUGGUAACAUGGGACCUCCUACUUUUUUAAAUGCCUCAAAUUCAAACGAGAGUAGUGGUCCACCCAAUGGGACCCCAGCGGUGCCCAAAAUGGGUGUGAGAGCAAGAGUGUCCGAAUGGCCUCCUAAAAAGGAUUGCUCCAAGGAGCUAGCCUGCAAGGGACUGUGGGAGAGCCGUUCGCAAGCCAGUUAUGAAAGCGUCACAUCCAUCUUACAGAAUGGACAGGGUGGCCCGAGUCAUGGACAGCAGUUGGAUCAGAUUGAUCUGGAAUUCGUGGAGGCCAAGUAUACCAUCGGAGACAUCUUCGUGCAUUCUCCUCAAAGAGGACUUCACCCCAUACGACAGAGAAGUAAUAGUGAUGUCACCAUAAGUGACAUUGACGCUGAAGACGUCUUAGACCAAAAUGCAGUGAACCCCAACACCGGGGCAGCCCUCCACAGAGAGUACGGAAGCACAUCUUCAAUCGACAGACAGGGUUUAUCUGGUGAAAACUUUUUUGCUAUGCUUAGAGGAUACCGAGUAGAAAAUUAUGACCACAAAGCGAUGGUCCCUUUUGGAUUUCCUGAGUUCUUCCCCUGUGAUCCUGCCGUUUCCCCCAGCCUUCAUGCAGCAGCACAGAUUUCUAGAGGAGAGUUUGUCCGCAUCUCAGGAUUAGACUACAUGGACAGCGCCCUCCUAAUGGGGAGAGACCAAGACAAGCCGUUCAAAAGGAGGCUAAAGUCGGAGUCAGUGGAGACGUCCCUUUUCCGAAAGCUGCGAACUGUGAAAAGUGAACAUGAAACUUUCAAAUUCACGUCUGACCUGGAGGACAGUCGUCUCGAAAGGGGUGUUCGCCCUUGGCAUUGUCAGCGAUGUUUUGCACAUUAUGACGUCCAGAGCAUUUUGUUUAAUAUCAAUGAAGCCAUGGUGAUCAGGGCUAAUGUGGGAAAAAGAAAAAACAUAACUACUGGCGCUUCGGCAGCCUCCCAGACUCAGAUACCAGCAGGCCAGGCGGGCACCUGUGAGUCCCCUCUUGGGAGCAAGGAGGACCUCAACUCAAAAGAGAACUUGGAUGUCGACGAAGGUGAUGGCAAGAGUAAUGAGCUCGUGCUGAGUUGUCCAUACUUUAGAAACGAGAUAGGAGGGGAAGGCGACAGAAGGAUUGCUCUUUCUAGAGCCAACUCCUCGUCCUUCAGUGCCGGGGAAGGCUGUUCUUUUGAAUCAUCUCUCAGCUCUCACUGUACAAAUGCCGGAGUGUCAGUUUUGGAGGUGCCCAGAGAGAACCAGCCGAUUCACAGGGAGAAAGUGAAGCGUUACAUCAUCGAACACAUUGACCUCGGGGCCUACUAUUACCGCAAGUUCUUCUAUGGGAAAGAUCACCAAAACUACUUUGGAAUAGAUGAAAACCUUGGCCCUGUGGCCAUCAGCAUCCGGAGAGAGAAAGUGGAAGAUGCUAAGGAGAAAGAAGGGUCACAGUUCAACUAUCGUGUCGCUUUCAGAACCAGUGAGCUUACCACGCUGAGAGGAGCAAUUCUAGAAGAUGCCAUCCCUUCCACUGCACGGCAUGGCACUGCACGUGGACUGCCUCUCAAAGAAGUUCUGGAAUAUGUCAUCCCAGAGCUGAGCAUUCAGUGCCUGAGACAGGCUUCAAACUCACCCAAGGUCUUGGAGCAACUACUCAAGCUUGAUGAACAAGGGCUGAGCUUUCAGCACAAGAUUGGAAUCCUUUACUGCAAAGCAGGCCAGAGCACAGAGGAGGAGAUGUACAACAAUGAAACGGCAGGACCAGCUUUUGAGGAAUUCCUGGAUCUUCUGGGCCAGAGAGUAAGACUGAAAGGAUUUAGUAAAUACCGAGCUCAGCUAGACAAUAAAACUGAUUCUACUGGAACUCAUUCCCUGUAUACCACGUACAAAGAUUAUGAACUCAUGUUCCAUGUGUCAACAAUGCUGCCCUACAUGCCCAACAAUAGACAACAGCUUCUGAGGAAAAGGCACAUCGGAAAUGACAUCGUUACUAUUGUCUUCCAAGAGCCAGGAGCACUUCCUUUUACUCCAAAAAGCAUCCGGUCUCACUUUCAGCACGUUUUUGUCAUUGUCAGAGUGCAUAACCCAUGCACUGAAAAUGUGUGUUAUAGUGUUGGAGUUUCUAGAUCAAAAGAUGUGCCACCAUUUGGUCCGCCGAUUCCCAAAGGUGUAACUUUUCCUAAGUCAGCGGUGUUUCGGGACUUCCUCUUAGCCAAAGUGAUCAAUGCGGAAAACGCAGCCCAUAAGUCUGAAAAAUUCCGGGCGAUGGCCACUCGAACGAGACAAGAGUACCUGAAAGACCUAGCAGAGAACUUUGUCACGACCGCCACUGUGGAUACCUCUGUGAAGUUCAGUUUCAUUACACUGGGUGCAAAGAAGAAGGAAAAAGUGAGGCCGAGGAAGGAUGCCCACUUAUGUAGCAUUGGCGCAAUCAUGUGGCACGUCAUCGCAAGGGACUUUGGCCAGUCUGCUGACAUUGAGUGUCUUCUUGGAAUUUCUAAUGAGUUUAUAAUGUUGAUCGAGAAGGAUUCUAAGAAUGUUAUAUUUAACUGCUCCUGCAGGGAUGUGAUUGGGUGGACAUCUGGACUAAUGAGUAUCAAAGUGUUUUACGAAAGAGGAGAAUGCAUCCUUCUAUCUUCAGUGGAUAGCUGUGCUGAUGACAUAAGGGAGAUCGUUAAGAGAUUAGGAAUAGUGACUAGAGGCUGUGAGACUGUGGAAAUGACCUUGAGGAGGAAUGGGCUGGGCCAGCUGGGCUUCCAUGUGAACUUCGAAGGAAUCGUUGCAGACGUAGAGCCUUUUGGCUUUGCCUGGAAGGCCGGCCUUCGCCAAGGGAGCCGCCUUGUGGAGAUCUGCAAAGUGGCCGUGGCCACCCUCACCCACGAGCAGAUGAUUGACCUACUCCGGACCUCUGUAACUGUGAAGGUGGUCAUCAUUCAGCCCCAUGACGAUGGCUCGCCCCGCAGAGGAUGCUCGGAGCUCUGCCGCAUCCCCAUGGUGGAAUACAAACUGGACAGCGAAGGUACGCCGUGCGAGUACAAGACACCCUUUAGGAGGAAUACCACCUGGCACCGGGUGCCCACCCCUGCCACCAUGCAGCCCCUGUCCAGAGCCUCCCCUGUGCCAGGCACACCUGACCGUCUGCAGUGCCAACAGCUUCUCCAGCAGGGCCAGGCAGCCAUUCCUCGCAGCACUUCCUUCGACCGGAAGCUGCCUGAUGGCACAAGAAGUUCGCCCAGCAACCAAUCAUCUUCCAGCGACCCAGGGCCGGGCACCGGUGGUGGCCACUGGAGACAGCAAGUGGGAUAUGACGGGUGCCAGUCUCCUCUGCUGCUUGACCACCAGGGUUCCGGCCCUUUGGAGUGUGAAGGUGCCAGGGAGCGGGAGGACAUCAUGGAAGGAAGCAGACACCCUGAAACCAAAUGGCAUGGCCCACCUUCCAAAGUUCUUAGUGCCUAUAAGGAAAGAGCCUUGCAGAAAGAUGGAAGUUGCAAAGAUUCCCCCAAUAAACUUUCUCACAUCGGAGAUAAAAAUUGUUCGAGUCACUCCAGCAGCAAUACGCUGUCUAGUAACAACUCCAGCAACAGCGAUGACAAGCAUUUUGGGUCUGGAGACCUGAUGGACCCGGAGCUGCUGGGAUUAACCUACAUCAAAGGGGCCUCAACAGACAGUGGUAUCGACACCACUCCCUGCCUGCCCACAUCGAUCCUUGGCCCAUUGCACCUGACGGGCAGCCGCUCUAUGAUCCACAGCCGGGCAGAGCAGUGGGUGGAUUCAGCCGAUGUCUCCGAGCCCGAUGCUGAGCAAGUGAAGUUGUACACAGCCCACGGCUACACCUCCGCCAUUUCUGCCAGCAACGCUGCGGACGGCAGCCUGGGCGACCUCAGCCAGAUAUCCUCUCAUUCCAGUGGUUCACACCAUUCAGGAAGCCCAUCAGCUCACUGUUCCAAAACUAGUGGUUCUCUGGAUACAUCCAAAGUCUAUAUUGUAUCCCACGGUAGUGGUCAACAGGCUUCUGGGUCAUUGUCCAAACCCUACCACAGACAAGGAGCAGCCAGCAAGUAUGUCAUCGGAUGGAAGAAGUCAGAAGGCAGUCCAUCACCCGAGGAGCCCGAGGUGACCAAGUGCCAGGGAAUGUAUAGUGAAUUGGAUACCAUGGCUGCUGCAAGUCAGCAUCAGGCGGUAGUGGGAGACGCCAUUUCGGAAGCUCCACAGGUUCUGUCAAAAGAAGACUUUCUGAAAUUGAUGCUUCCUGACAGCCCCUUAGUGGAGGAGGGGAGAAGAAAGUUUUUGUUUUAUGGGAACCUGUCUCCAAGAAGGUCUCUGUACCGAACACUGUCUGACGAGAGCAUCUGUAGUCAUCGGAGAAGAUCUUCUUUCGGCAGUUCUCGAAGUUCCAUACUUGACCAAGCCCUGCCCAACGACAUUCUCUUCAGCACCACCCCACCAUACCACAGCACGCUACCUCCCCGGACCCAGCCUGUGCCCAGCAUGGGGAGCCUGAGAAAUGAGUUCUGGUUCUCUGAUGGGUCCCUAUCGGAUAAGUCCAAGUGCACAGACCCUGGUUUGAUGCCCCUCCCAGACACAGCUACGGGGUUGGAUUGGACCCACCUCGUGGAUGCUGCACGGGCGUUUGAAGGUCUUGACUCAGAUGAAGAACGUGGGCUGAUUUGUCACCACACGUCCUAUCUAGACCAGCGAGUGGCUUCCUUCUGUACGCUGACAGACAUGCAGGACUUGGAAGGAGCUCAGGAGCUACCCUUAUGCGGAGAUCCAAGCAAUGGGAAGGAUUUCUUGGACACCACUGGGGAGCGAUCUCCAUCAACACUGACUGGAAAAGUCAAUCAGCUGGAGUUAAUUCUCCAACAACUGCAAACUGACCUUCAGAAGGAAAAGCAGGACAAGGCAGUUCUCCAAGCUGAAGUUCAGCAUUUGAGACAAGACAACAUGCGGCUGCAGGAGGAGUCCCAAACGGCGACAGCUCAGCUACGGAAAUUCACAGAAUGGUUUUUCAACACCAUAGACAAAAAAUCCUGA